AUGGUAGCCGGUUCUAGCUCCAGACCAGCCGUUGCAUCUUCCUCCGUCCCUGCGUACGAGCCACCCGUCCAACAUGUCGCCUCCCCUUCAUUCGCUGUUGAUCUCAACGGCAAUGUAGGCGACGAGGUCGGAGAAGGGGAAUAUCUGCGGACCUCUUUACAGUGUGCUGUACCGGCUGGGGUUGGAGAUAGAUUCUUGGAUGAUCCAGAGGACGAUGAUGUCGAGCCGGAUAUGGUUGCUGAUGACAGUGGCGAUGAUGUUGGAGCAAGUGAGCCUGCUGGGGCGGGCGGUGGUUCUAGCUCUGGCACGCAGCAGUACCCUCCACAUUUUUUCUCUUUGGACUUGGAUGCCAUGAGGCAGGAGGGGGUUCCUGGGCAGCCGGUUGGAUUUGGCGCUAGAGAUGCUGAAGGGUCUGCAGGUCUGACAGAGUUUCAGGUUGGUCAGCAAUUUUUGGAUAAAGAAGAGGCCCUCUUAAGUGUCAAGACUUACAGCAUCCGUCGAGGGGUACAGUACAAGAUCGUGGAGUCUGACCAUCGCCGGUAUGUGGGCAAGUGUUCUGAGUUCGGCAAUGGGUGCACAUGGUUGAUUCGGCUUAGUCUCCGACAGCGAAAGGGAGUUUGGGAGGUCAAACGUUACAACGGACCACAUACUUGUCUCGCCACCUCCAUUUCCAGCGACCAUAGGAGUUUGGAUUACCAUGUGAUAUCGACAUUCAUUAUGCCAAUGGUUAGGGCUGAUGCAUCCGUCAGCAUCAAGGUGCUCCUAAAUGCCACCGCCACACACUUUGGGUUUAGGCCGACUUACAGGAGGGUCUGGUUGGCGAACCAGAAGGCUGUUGCCCUCAUCUAUGGUGACUGGGAUGAGUCGUACAACGAGCUCCCAAAGUGGGUGUUAGGAGUCCAGUUGACGAUGGCUGGUACUGUUGCAGUUCUAAGGACGAGCCCAGUUUGUGUCGGUGGACAGUUGGAUGAGUCUCGAGCUUAUUUUCACAGACUAUUUUGGACGUUUUCACCGUGUAUCGAGGCAUUCCGUCAUUGCAAGCCCCUAAUUAGUAUUGACGGGACCCAUCUGUAUGGCAAGUAUGGGGGAACGUUGCUUGUCGCGAUUGCACAGGACGGGAACUCUAACAUACUCCCUGUUGCAUUCACAUUAGUCGAGGGUGAGAAUGCUGAGUCGUGGUCCUUCUUUCUCUCCCACAUGCGUGAGCAUGUGACACCGCAGCCGGGUCUGCUGGUUAUCUCGGACAGGCAUAACGGCAUUAAGGCCGUGCUUGAGGCUCCUGACGGAGGCUGGUUACCUCCGUCUGCAUACCGGACAUUCUGCAUUCGACAUGUUGCGGCAAAUUUCGCCCUCACCUUCAAGGGCAAAAACGUAAGGAGGCUACUUGUGAAUACGGCGUAUGCUAAGACCGAGGUCAAGUUCCAUUACUGGUUUGAUAUUUUCUUAGGUCCGAAGACCCGGCGAUGUGUGACUGGGCGAACCGGAUUGAGUAUUCGUUGUGGACACAACAUUGUGAUGAGGGGCGUAGAUUCGGACACAUGA